AUGGCUCCCACUUCCUUCCACCUCGAGCCCAAGUCCUUCACGCCCCCGACCAAGACGCGCCCCCUGCGCGUCAGCUUCGUGAGCAGCACCGGGCGCAAGACCAACCCCAUGUACCCGGCGACGCUGCUGCGGCUCUCGUACCGCUUCGUCGACGACCGGUACGACGAGGACCACGUCGACUACGGCAUGGAGAUUUUCAGCCCCGAGGUGAUUGUCCCGCGCGAGGUGACGCUCGUGGAGAGGCACGACAACGACCACAACAACAACGCCAGCGACUCUGAGGAUGGUGGCAGCGGCAGCUCCGACGAGGGCGCAGCAGCGGCAGCGACGACGACUCUGCCCCUGUACGCCUUCGAGGUGCCGCGCGACCAGGUCCCUUGCGUGCCCAUUUGCAAGCCCGAGACAGCCCCCGCCGAGGUGACGCUCUACGCGUGGCGCCAGGACAAGUUCCUGGGCCAGUGGCCGCUCGGGCAGGUCAAGGGCCUGGGCCACGGUGUGCCGAAGGAGGCGGCGCGGCGGCAGCCGGCGCGUCAGGCGUCGCAGUAG